CUGGCAACUGGCUGUCAGCUACGUCACUUCCGGCAAUGUCUGGCGCCUGCUGCCCCUUCACUGAAGAUACGUUCAGCCGCUUCCCGUCACAGAGCAAUGUGUACGGCCUGUCCGUCUUACCCUGUCCCGGGGCCGCCGGACACGAGCUCCUGGCCGCCACCCUGAAGGGUAAAGUGACCAGCUUCAAGUACCAGGACCUGCGGGACAAGCUGCGCGCCGGCGCCCGGGAGCUCCAGUUCACCUAUAUCCCAGUUGACGCUGAGAUUGUCUCUAUUGAUUCCUUCAGCAAGUCGCCUCCCAAGCGUGGGCUGGUAGUUGGAAUAACGUUUAUUAAGGAUUCCGGUGAUAAAGCAAGUCCUUUCCUAAAUAUAUACUGCGACUAUGAGCCUGGAUCUGAGUAUAAUCUGGAUUCCAUUGCCCAGAGCUGCUUAAACCUGGAGCUGAAAUUCACCCCCUUUCAGUUGAGUCACGCAGAGGUACAGGACGGAGACCAGCAGGAGACAGUGUUUUUACUCGGAGGCAACGAUCAGUACAUUCACCUGUACAAGGAGAAUGAAGGUCUGCACCAGUUUGAAGAACAGCCAGUGGAGAAUCUGUUCCCAGAGCUGAGAGAUCUCCCCAGCAAUGUUACCUGGCUGAGUGUUCACAAUAUUCCGGAUACCCAGAGGCGCAUUACAGCAUAUGGAUGUCAGAGCGGAUAUUUCUGUGUCUCACAUGUGGAUCAAGGAAAGAGAGAGAUCCUCCAGAGCUGGUCUCUGCAGCAGGAUGGUCCUCUGUCCAAGGUGCUCGUCUUCAGGAUGCCCAGCGUCCGUGGAGCAGGGGAAGAGGCGUGCUGCCCGUGUGACGAUGCUGGUGGAGGGCGUAUCUUUCCAGAGGAGUACAGUGUCCUGGUGACCAGUACCAUAGAGCUAUCUGCCAUUUAUAGAAACAUCUUGCAAAAUGGCCUCCGAGAGCAGCUUCUUUUGCCAGAUAGUGACCAGUUUGACAGUGUGCUGUGUGCCGUAACAGCGGAUGUCGAUUUUGAUGGAGAACCAGAGAUCUUACUGGGCACUUACGGACAGGAGCUGCUGUGUUACAAGUACAUAACGAGGCCUGGUCAGGAGGGGCAUUACCAGCGGCUGUGGCAGAGAAGCUUCCCCAGCCCCCUACUGUGCAUGGCUCAUGUGGAUCUGACAUGGGAUGGACUGUGCGAACUGGCGAUUGUGUGCCUUAAAGGACUCCACAUACUGCAGCAUAGUCUGACGAAGACAUCCCACUGCCUCCUGCACAGGCUACGAGAGCAAGUGGAGCGUGCCAAAGCGCUGGACGCAUCCUACGCGCAGGAAGAAGCCAAGGCUGAGCGGUCGCAGGCGGCUGCACCGGACCGGUCGCCGGACACUGACAGCGAGGUGAAAUAGGAACCCCCUUUCACAUACGAGAUCUGUGUUCUCCUGUUUGGGAGUAAUGAUGUGUCCUGUACCUGACGCUGCUACUGCGAGAAUUGUAAUCGCUCUGAAGCAUUGGUGCAAAUGUACAGUAAAUGUAUUCUUUUCA